UCGUGAUCUAUGUAGCUGUUUUAAGUGUGCUGACAACAUCCACAAACGGUGCACCGAUAUUUAUAUUUGGUGACUCGACGAUGGAUGUUGGCACAAACAACCAUUUGGAAGACUGCAAAGCAAGGGCAGAUCACCAAUACUAUGGGAUAGAUUAUCAAGGGUCCCAAGCAACUGGGAGGUUCAGCAAUGGUUUCAGCACUGCUGACACUAUUGUUCAACUUCUGGGCGGCUAUGAUCUCAGUCCGCUGCCAUAUCUAGCACUCGUCGAGGAUGGUUCUAACUUCACGAGAGAGAUACUUCAUGGAGUUAACUUUGCUUCGGGAGGUGCCGGCCUAGCUAAAGCAAUCGAUCAAGCUUUUUACGGAAAAGUAGUAUCUAUGGAAGAACAGGUCCAACAAUUUGCAACGGUUCGAGGAAACAUAACAGCAUUACUUGGAGGGACUAAAGGUGAUCAUCUACUUAGAAAGUCCAUGUACAUCUUCAGCAUCGGAAGCAACGACCUCAUGACCUACAUAUUCACUAGGCCUAUGACUCCCGAGCAGUUCGUGAUCAACCUUACUGACACCUAUGCCAUCCACCUAAAGAACUUAUAUAGCUUAGGGGCAAGAAAGUUUGGGAUAAUAAGUCUUCCACCACUCGGGUGUUGUCCACUUGCACGUGCAUCGACUCAUGGUGGUGUUUGUGACGAUGAUUCAAAUAAUUUGGCUAGAGCGUGCCACGUCUCGUUUGAUAACCUUUUAAAAAACUUGAGCUCUACGCUCAAAGGAUUCAAGUACUCACUUGCAAACACGUACAAUAUAACUAUGAAUGUCAUUAACAAUCCAAGUGGGUUCAAAAAUAUCACAUCUGCAUGUUGUGCCGAUCCGAAAAUACUAGGAAUGCCAUGCCAGAAAGGAGCGCAACUUUGCAAUAUUCGGAACGAUUAUUUAUUCUGGGACGCAUUUCAUCCAACUCAAAAAGCCUCCGUAUUGGCAGCUAACGUAUUGGUCACUAGCCAAGAUCCAGAUUUUAUGUCUCCGAUAAAUUUCGGCAGUUUGAGAAACGCUUGAUUAGAAGACCAUUACGUGCAUCACACGCACUUUAUAUCAUUAUGUACCAAAUGUAUCUAUCAUUCCCAAAUAAACUACACCAGAUCUCGGCUGUCACCAUUUACAAAUCUUUUAUCAAUAAAGGUAACAACAAUACAUAACGAACGUUAA